CAAGAAAAACAACGAAGUCUAUAAGUAACAGUUUACACCACAUACAAACGUUGCUUACAAGCAUGUUGGUUUCCUGCACAAAGACUAUUUUCAAACGUCUUUGCACAGAUGAGCUGAGAAUUGAUCAUGGUAGUAGUUAUGGUAGCGCUGUUUUCUCAAAUGAUAUACUACCAUCCCUUGGAGCCCGAAUCAACCAAGCCAUCAAGCUCAAAAAACACGUUAUUUCACCUUUUGAUCCACGAUACAGGGCAUGGGAGAUCCUUCUAGUUAUCCUGGUUAUAUACUCAGCAUGGAUCAGUCCUUUUGAGUUUGCAUUCCUUGAAUACAAACAAGAUGCAGUUUUCAUCAUUGAUCACAUUAUCAAUGGCUUCUUUGCUGUUGAUAUAGUUCUUACCUUCUUUGUUGCAUACAUUGAUACCCAUUCUUGCCUACUAAUCGAUGAUCAUAAGAAAAUUGCAACAAGGUACCUAUCCACCUGGUUUAUUCUUGAUGUUUGUUCUACAGCACCACUUCAGACUCUUAGUCUCCUCUUUACGCAUCACAAUGGUGGACUUGGUUUUAAAGCACUUAACAUGCUUAGACUAUGGAGACUUCGAAGAGUCAGCUCCCUCUUUGCCAGGCUUGAAAAAGACAUCCGAUUCAACUAUUUCUGGACCCGUUGCAUCAAACUAGUCUCGGUAACUCUAUUUGUUGUUCAUUGUGCUGGAUGCUUCUAUUACCUGAUAGCAGAUAGAUAUCCUGAUCCAGAGAAAACAUGGAUUGGUGCAGUAUACUCAAACUUUAAGUCACAAAGCUUAUGGGAAAGAUACAUCACCUCUAUUUACUGGUCUAUUGUGACAUUAACAACCACUGGUUAUGGCGAUCUACAUGCUGAAAACACAAACGAGAUGCUCUUCGACAUCUUCUACAUGCUGUUUAACCUAGGGCUUACCGCGUAUCUCAUUGGAAAUAUGACAAAUCUUGUUGUUCACUGGACUGGUCGCACCAGAAAUUUUAGAGAUACAGUCAGGGCUUGUACAGAAUUCGCAGCACGCAAUCAGCUUCCUCCACAAAUACAGGACCAAAUGUUGUCACAUGUAUGUCUGAAGUUCAAAACAGAAGGGUUAAAACAGCAAGAGACCCUAAACCAUCUGCCCAAAGCUCUUCGUUCGAACAUUGCCCAAUAUCUCUUCUUUCCCAUUGUCCAAAAUGUCCAGCUUUUCAGUGGAGUUUCUCAAAAUUUCCUUUGCCAACUGGUUUCUGAGAUGGAGGCUGAAUAUUUCCCACCAAGAGAAGAUGUGAUUUUACAAAAUGAGGCACCAACGGAUAUUUAUAUCCUCGUAUCUGGUGUAGUGGAGAUGGUAGUACACGUUAAUGAACAUGAUCAGGUUGUGCAGAAGAUACUUGCAGGAGAUAUAUUUGGAGAGAUAGGGGUACUAUGUGAUAGGCCACAACCAUUCACAGCUCGAACCACAGAGUUGUCUCAGAUCUUAAGGUUAAGUAGAUCUUCACUUACAAGUAUUAUUCAAGCAAACAAAGCAGACGAGCACAUCAUAAUGAGCAAUCUAUAUCUGAAACUUAAAUCUCUAGAAAAUAAUCAAGGUUCUUUCGAGCAUCAAAAAUCCGAGGAAUAUUGUUAUGGUGAAUGGUUUAACAACCAACAAGAAUGUAAGAUGUGCAUAAAGAAUGGAUGUGAAGAUCAAAUCCAUGAAAGUUCAUUGAUAUAUCACGGAUCAUUUAAGGUCAAUGAAGAACAAACACCAGGAUUCAGUAGCAUUAUCCAAACCAGAUAUGGCAAUGAAGGAAGCCACAAGCUCUGUCACUACUGUAACCAAGUAAUAGUAGCCAAGAACUCGAGAUCGAGCAAUUAUAUAGAACAUUCUGAAUCAGGAAUUUCAAACACUAACAAUAUGUUAAGAGUUAUGAUUUACAUGAAUUCGCAAUCUGAUCGUGUUGAGGAGCAACAAUAUGGCAAACUGAUUAUCUUACCUGAUAGCAUUGAAAAGCUGUUCAGUAUUGCAGGCAAAAAGUUUGGACGAUGCUUCAAUAAAAUCAUCAAUACAGAGAAUGCAGAAAUAGAAGAUAUUAGUGUGAUUAGAGAUGGAGAUCAUCUGUUUUUCCUGCAAUGACAGUACUGAGUACUGACGAAGGUCCAAAGAGUUGUAUGUAAUUUAGUUGUAAAAUACUUGAGAGAUUAAUGAGGUGAAUUGUAUAAUACAAUUAUUUGGACAUACGAAUCGUGAACUUGUAAAAUAUUUCUAGUUCCUGAACUGACUGAUCAUAUUGAAAGGUGAUUAUAAACAAUUUCUUUUACAUGUUAA